UGGGGAACGUGAUCAUCCAGGCGGAAUUCUACCAGCGGGAUGAGAAGCUGCAGCAGGAGAACGGCGAGUUCAUGUUUGAAUUCGACGGGGACGAGCUCUUCCACGUGGACCUGCAGAAGGCAGAGACCAUCUGGCGCCUGCCUGAGUUCGGGCAAUUCGCCUCCUUCGAGGCACAGGGAGCUCUGCAAAACAUGGCUGUAGACAAGCAGAAUUUGGAGAUCAUGACGAAGGCGUCCAACCGCUCACGGGCAACCAUCGCACCACCUGAGAUGACGGUGUUCUCCAAGAAUCCUGUGCAGCUGGAGGACCCCAACGUCCUGAUCUGCUACGUGGACAAAUUCUGGCCACCCGUGCUCUCCAUCAAGUGGCUGAAGAACGGGCAGGAGGUGACGGACGGCGUCCUCGAGACCGUUUUCUACCGAGGGCCAGAGGUCACCUUCCGCAAGUUCUCCUACCUGCCCUUCAUCCCCAAUCGGGGGGACUACUACGACUGCCGUGUGGAGCAUGAGGGGCUGCCCAGCGCCCUCCUGAAGCACUGGG